CACCUCCAACAAACAAGUGGAAUACAAACAUUAAAGAGCAAGUCAGCAGUCAACUCCAAUAUCUCAUCUCAAAGGGCUGCUUCAUCAUUAUCGUCUUCACUUGAUUAGCUCUAUCUUCCUACUUCUGUAACAUUUCUCACUUCCAUCAGUUCCAUGGAGGUCCCACCAACCGUUGCCUGCCACGUGGUUGCCAUGCCCUACCCAGGUCGAGGCCACAUCAACCCCGUCCUCAAUUUCUGUAACUUGCUUCUAUCCCAUAACCUUGACAUCCUCGUCACUUUUGUGGUAACUGAAGAAUGGCUCGGCUUCAUCGGUUCACAAGCCAAGCCCCAGAAUGUCCAGUUCAGCACUAUACCCAAUGUGAUCCCGUCCGAGCUGGAUCGUGCAGCCGACCUUGUCGGCUUCGUCGAAGCUGUCUUGACGAAAAUGGAAGCUCCGUUUGAGCAGCUCCUGGAUCGGCUUGAGCCGCCGCCUACACUGAUCAUACAUGAUACUCUUCUCUUCUGGGUCGUCGGAGUCGGUAAUCGAAGGAAUAUCCCCGUUGCGUCGUUUUGGACAAUGUCGGCGUCGUUUUUAUCAGUGUUCCAGCGCUAUCAUCUUUUAGAGCAACAUGGGCAUUAUCCCAUCAAUGCAUCGGAAGUGGGCCACAAACGUGUGGAUUAUUUUCCUGGGAUUUCCUCAACCCGUCUAGUGGAUUUUCCUCUCAGAGACGGAAGCUUUAGCUGCCAAAGAAUGUUGCAACAUACCUCCAAAUAUCUUUCUUUUGUACCCAAAGCACACUAUCUCUUAUUCCCUACAAUACACGAGCUUGAACCUCAAACCAUUCACGUGUUAAAAUCUGAAUUCUCUUUGCCCAUUUAUGCCAUUGGCCCAGCCAUACCUUAUUAUUUAAAUGUUAAUGACCAAACUCACCUCAACAACAGCUACUUCCAAUGGCUAGACAACCAACCUUCUAACUCUGUGAUAUACAUCUCACAAGGAAGCUUUCUCUCAGUUUCACAAGCUCAGAUCGAUGAGAUCGCAGCAGGUUUACGGUUAAGCCGUGUUCGGUUCAUCUGGGUAGCGAGAAAAGAGACUCAUAGGCUAGGAGAGAUAUGUGGAGAUGUUGAUGAUAAGAAGGGUUUAGUAUUGGAAUGGUGUGAGCAACUGAGAGUGUUAAUGCAUGAUGCUAUUGGUGGUUUCUGGUCUCACUGUGGAUGGAAUUCAACUAAAGAAGGUCUGUUUACUGGUGUUCCUUUUCUUACUUUUCCAAUAGUGAUGGAUCAGCAUUUGAACAGUAAGAUGAUAGUGGAAGAUUGGAAAGUUGGCUGGAGGGUGAAGAAAGAUGUUGAUCCUCAAAGAUUGAUAAGUAGAGAUGAGAUUGCUGGGUUGUUGCAGAAGUUUAUGGAUUUGAAUGAUAAAGAUGGAAGAGAUAUGAGAAAGAGAGCCAAAGAGCUUCAACGUGUUUGUCAGCUUUCAAUAGCAAAUGUUGCUCUGCUUUUGCUUUUCAAUCGUUACAAGGACGAUGAUGCUUACGUGGGUGGCGCUGGUGAUAGCUUUAAUAGAUUAAUUAACUACUGAGUAAUUAUUAACAGAAAAAGUAUGAAAUAGCGAAGUACCUAGGCUCCCAUUCAUUCGUGAGGUGUAUUAUAAAUUAAACUGGAUAUCUCUGUUUUUUGGCCAAAAAAAAAAAAAAAGAUACCUCUGUUUUGGUCAGAAACAAUUAGGAAUCUUUGUUGACAACUAAUUCUUCGAUCGCU